GUGACAUUCAUGCCAAUGAGAGUUUUAACACUUGGACCUGUAGCCUGAAAGUUAGAAUUCAAAUACUCAGAUUCACAUGUUUGUAUCUUUCUAUCAAUAUGUACUGCAGGAAGAUUUUUUGGUAAAUGAAGUUUUGCCUUUCAGGUUAAAUUAGUUCUAAGCUGCAGCCGCAAAAGCAGCGUGUACUCUGUGGUCUGGAAGAUAAAAACAGCCUCUCUGGUUCUGCUGAAUGUCUGUGUGGUUUUUCAGCGAUAUGAAGAGCGUGCUUCAGGACUCGGAGCUGAGUCUUCUGCAGCGCUGCCUCCUGGUGUCACGGUUGUUCGGGGAUGAGUCCGACCUUAACUUCUGGACAGUGGCGUCCCACUACCUGCAGCUGUUUGCCCAGGCUCGUCAGCUAAGCGUGACCUCUGAAGGGGGGAGUGAAGAAACCCAGCCGCCGUCUCAGAACCACCUGGACAUUUGCCACGACAUUUUGUGCGAGAGUUCUUACUUCCAGAAGUUCCAGCUGGAUCGAGUUCACUUGCAGGAGGUGAAGAGGUCCAGUUAUGAACACACCAAGAAAUGUGCUGACCAGCUCCUCCUGCUGGGUCAGACCGACCGGGCGGUGCAGUUGCUGCUGGAGACGAGUGCAGAUAACCCCAGCUACUACUGCGAUUCACUCAAAGCCUGCCUAGUGACCACCAUCACCUCCUCGGGCCCUUCACAGUCUACAAUCAAGCUAGUGGCCACCAAUAUGAUUGCUAAUGGCAAACUGGCAGAGGGAGUCCAGUUGUUGUGUCUGAUUGACAAGGCGGCGGACGCCUGCCGCUACCUGCAGACCUACGGGGAGUGGAACCGAGCGGUGUGGCUCGCUAAGGUGCGCCUGAGCCCAGCAGAAGGCUCCGACGUGCUGAAGCGCUGGGCAGAGCACCUGUGCUCCCCUCAGGUCAACCAGAAAUCCAAAGCCAUCCUGGUGCUGCUGUCCCUGGGCUGCUUUUACAAAGUGGGAGAGAUGCUGCACAGUAUGAGGUACUUUGAUCGCGCCGCCCUCUUCAUUGAGGCUUGUUUGAAAUCUGGGGUAAUGGAGGCCAAUGACUCUUCCAAUAAACUCAUCGAGGCUGCGUUUCUGGACUUUGCACGGCUGCUGCGUUCGCUGGGCCUGCGGGAGGGCGCCGCUCUGUGGGCGUCGCGGGCCGGCAGCGCCGGAGAGCAGCUGAUGGAGGAGCUCUUCCAGGGGGAAGGUGGCGUUCCCGAAGCCGUACUUGGCGAAGACGAGGUGGAAGUGGGACUGGAGAGCACAGAGUGAGCGGGUGUCUAUCAGAACUCGAUCAUUAUGAAUGAACUCUGGAUCGGCAUCCGGGAGAUUCAUGCUCAUCACCUCUGCAUCUCUGAGGAGAGGGGAUGCGAGGCGUUUAUUCCUUGUGAGGUUUUUACUGGAAGCUACCUGCGUCUGUGGCUGUGAUGAGGUUGAGGUGAUGUAAACGGUCUGUGUGUGUAUGUGUGUGUGUUCAUGUGUAAAUGCAUGUAACGGCCCAAGAAGAAACACUUUGUGUCCCCAUCACCUCUUUGUCACUCCAUGUUGCUUCCAUUUAAAUCCCUGAAUGUUUGUUUUACAAAUGGUUACUUUCCGUGAUGGUUUUGGUGAUGUCAGAGUACUACUGUAGCUCUAUGGGUGUCACUGAAAAAAAUGAUCUCUGUCCUUUUGAAAGUGUGUUGUAGCGGUGCCCCAUGGGUGACUUUCUUGAUUCAUGAAUUGCACUUUUAAUUUCACACCUAAGACUUUAUAAUUUGAUUGGAGAUCUUGCUUUAACUGGCCAUGUGAUUAUGCACAAAUACACAAAAGCAACUUGUUCUUUGAGUCACUCACCAAAACCUGACUUUUCCUGAUUUGUCAGUUUGAUACGAGAACUGUCACCACAGUGAUGACGUGAAUUAGACGCAUGAUGUAUCUUAAUCCAUUCCAGUUAUCUUUUAGCAUCCUUUCGGCUGUUUCUAUGGACACUUGCAACAGUUUGCCAUCUGUGUUUUUGAUGUUACGGUAAUGACGUUUGCUACAAACAGAGCUAUCAAGCUGUUAAUCAGACCUCUGAAACGUUUAACCAGUCUGUGCUGCUUUCUGAAAUAAUCCCUUGCAUUCAUUCAUUCAUUCCACUUAGACCUUUUAAACUUUUGUCAUCUUACAACCGCAAAAUUAAUUGCAGUUUAUUGGGAUUAUACAUGACAGAGUAACACAAAGUAGCACAUGAUUGUGCAGCUGUGCAUAUCCUGAGUAAAGAUAUCCUGCACAGUUUUCUUAUCUAAAAUGCUCAAACUCAAUCAGAAGAGAAUAUCUGUGGACAUCUGUUUUCAAGUCCUUCAUACAGAUUUACCUCUGGACUUUGACAGGACCAUUUUGACACAUGACAUGUUGGUGAUCGCCAGCUAGAAGCUGAACUUCCACCCCAGUCCAAAGCUUGGUGAAGACUCUAAUAGGUUUUCUCCUUAUUUAUUCGACUCAAUCAUCUGUGGUCAGCUUCCCACAGCAUGAUGCUGCCACCACCAGAUUUCACUGUGGGGUAGGUGUGUUCAGGGUGAUGUGCAGUGUGAGUUUUCUGCCUCACAAGUGAUUUUUGAAGUCGACUGGUUCUGAUUUGUGCAAAUAUUUUUGCCUUCCACACAAUUAUGCACUAUUUAUAUGCUAAUCUAUCGUAUGAAAUCCCAAUAAAAUAGAUUAAAGUUUGUGGUUAUAAUACAACGACAAUAAAAAAGUAUAAGAGGUGGGAAUACUUUUGCACUGCCACCCGUUCUUCGCUGUCCCGCCUGGUUCUUUACAUGCUAAACAUAUCCUGAAGAUCCAAACCAUCAGCGUAAUGUUGCAAAGAUUUUAUAGUGUUUGUGAUUUAAAAAAAAGAAGAAAAAGAACAGUUUCUUACUUUUAGUGUUGAUGUGUUUCAUAAACACACCAGUGGUGUUUCAUGUAAUCCGUGCUACUGUAAAAAACUGGAACAGUGUUGCUAUGGUAACCCACGUCCACUGACUGCUCCGCCUAACACUACUCGUGAUUAGCUGUAGUGUAUCUUACUCUGUGUGAGGGCAUCGUGGAGACGUGUACUGGUCUUCUUUUCCUUUUGACGAAAUGUUUAACAACAUUCUGCUGCUUUUCUUUAUAUGUACAAUGAAAUUAUACUGCUGAAAAUCCUGGCACGUAGACAUGUCUUUAACUGUAUAUUUUCUAAGAAGAAGAAUCCAUAAUGUUUAUCUUUUUUUCUUUGUCUAUUGUUAAAAUCGUGAUUCUGAUGCUUCAUGGCAAGAUAAAGAAUUAUAUGUGUAUAUGAAUGGUAAUAAAAAAUGUCUUCAAGGUU